AUUGUUCAUUCAGUCAGUUUUGUUUGAGAACAGCGGCGAGCGAGACGUAUAUCGCUGUUUUGUGAAUACCGUGCGUUCGCAGUUCUUGUAACAACGAUAGUAAAGAUUUGGGUUUACCUGUAUGAUUUCUUAAUAUUUCACAUAUCUGUGAGUGGCUAUGAUGACUUAAGUCAAAAAAUAAACAACACAAAAGUGAAAUAGACUAAAAACAACGGCUUAUGUUUGUGUUUUUAUUUUGUGUCGAGGCGUAACUAUUGCUUUGAACUAUAAAACGAGAAACGGAAUUGUGACUGCUGUUAAAGCAUAGUAUGAUACACAUUGUACUUUGGUGUGAUUCGUGCCAGCUGACAAGUAAGGCAUCCGCAGUCAAGUUUCUCGUCGGUUAUGGUGCAGAAUGCAGCAGUCGACUUCGUUAUACAGAACAUGAAACAACCGCUAGAGAGUUCAUGACGAAAACCUAAGGAAUUAGAGCGAAGAAAGUGAAGUGAUAAGAGAUAAAGUUUUCGCUGACCGAUAGCAAAGAUAUAAGAUAUCAUUCGCGUCGGUGCUUUCAGUACAGUGAGACGUGUAGUGUUAAUGUGACGUGAUAGUGUUAAAAUGCGUGUAUUGUGGUCGCGGUUAGCAGCGCUGGGGUGGUUGGCAGUCGUCGGGUGCCAUACGCCCGGCACGGAACUGGAGUCGGUCCGGUACGGCCCGGGGGACGACCGGUUCACUAGUGACACGUUUACGCAGGCUAACAUCAAUAUAUCGUAUAAGGAUGAACACGGGGAACAGUACUCGGAGACUUCUGAGUCUGGCAAGUACGGAGAAGGUUUCAUCGGCUCGGCUCGCGGCCUCGCCGUCCAUGUCCGGGCCAAAGGCGAGGACGGGGCCCACGACCACACGGGGUGCACCUGGCCCCUGUUGUCCGUCGCUGCUCCGUUGAGGCCACUGCCCGAGGAGCCGUGGAUCGCGGUUAUGAGGAGGGGCAGCUGUAACUUUGAGAUUAAGGUACAGAACGCGUGGCGCGCGAACGCGAGCGCGGUGCUCAUAUACAACGACAGGGACACCACCGUUUUAGAGAAGAUGAAACUGUCCACUGACAAUGGACGAAACAUAAGCGCGGUGUUCACAUACAAAUGGAAGGGCGAGGAAAUAGCCCGCCUCAUCGACAACAACACCAACGUGACCAUCGGCAUCAUCAAGGGCCGCACCUUCACACACAUCAACAACAACAUCAAUAACAUCCGUAGAUCCGCAUCCAAUUGAAUGGGAUUCUUCUGUUCCAGAACAUCAGUGCUGUUCGUAUCAAUAUCAUUCAUCGUGCUGAUGGUGAUCAGCCUCGCGUGGCUCGUCUUCUACUACAUCCAGCGCUUCCGCUACAUCCAUGCGAAGGACAGACUUUCGAAACGACUUUGCUGUGCAGCGAAGAAGGCGCUAUCAAAAAUACCCGUUAAGAGUUUAAAGACUGACGACAGAGAAGUCCAGGGCGACGGCGAGUGUUGUGCCAUCUGUAUAGAGCCUUACAAAGUGUCCGAGACGCUCAGAUCUCUGCCUUGUAGACACGAUUUCCACAAGAACUGCAUUGAUCCCUGGCUCUUAGAGCACAGAACGUGCCCGAUGUGCAAGAUGGACAUACUCAAGUAUUACGGCUUCGUGUUCACGGGAAGCCAGGAGAGCAUCCUGCAGCUGGAAGUGGAGGAGGCUCGCAGCCGCGCCAUCAGCCCCGCGCGGAACCGCCACCCGCUCACACUGCUGACGAGCGACAACUCGUACUCGGAGGCGGGCAGCUCGCGCUCGUCGCGCGCCUCCUCGCCCGACGAGCUGGCGCCGUCGCUGCCGCGCCGCGACGCCGCCGACAGAUCUCACACAUCGUCACCAGACUGCACCGCGCCGCGCGCCGACACCUCGGCCGCGCAAGACUGAGACGGCACGCGGCUGUACGGCCGCGUCACGCAGGUGUAACAGGGACGGCUAGAGCCCUCCGUGCGUUGCCGUCAGUGUUGACCGUCA